GCUUCACUCGUCUAGCAGUGAUGACGACAUCAAUCAACCCGGAAGAGAUGUGCGCAGCUGACCCUAAUGUUUGUUGAAAAAGAAGAUGAGUGAACAGAGACAGGCUUGUUCAGUUCUUCAUUCGAUGCUCGGGAGACCGUGGCUGGCUUUUUCGAGAGUCGCAGUCGGAAAAUGGACACUAAAAGCGAAAGUCGAUUGUCAAAAGGGACGGUUGAAGGUUAGGGUAAUCUAGACGGUUUAGACUGCUCGUUUAGCGACCAAGCCUUUAAAUUAAUGAAGACCACGGGUAUUGGCAGUUAUGGCUCCAAUGGGUAUCCGUCUGUCUCCUUUCGGUGUGGCUGUAUUCUGCCUUCUCGCACUCGGCAUCUUAUAUCACCUUUACGCCGGAGUCAUCUCCAGCAGACUGGCUGCUUUCAGCCAGAGGAGGAACGUAAAUCUCAGAGAACUUUUGGCUGUUUCGGUGGAGGCUGCAGUUCUUGGAGGCAAAGAGGUGAAGAAGGUCCGUGACGAUAACAGUCUGAAGGAGAAAUCAAAGGGGAAGACAAAGGAGGGUGCCAAUGAGCUUCUGACCAUGGGUGACCUGCUGUCACAUAGAAAAAUGUACAACCUUAUUAGGAACACUUUCCCAGAGAUCACUGUGACUAGUGAGGAACAUGAUAACAUGGCUGACAGGACUACAUUAUGGAGUCGGGACAUUCCAGCAGACAUACUGGAAAAGAUCGAUGGACACAAGGAAGUUCCAUCUGACACAGUCACUGUGUGGAUUGAUCCUUUAGAUGCCACACAGGAAUAUACAGAGACAUUGGUCAAAUAUGUGACGACAAUGGUAUGCGUGGCUGUCGCUGGCAAACCGGUCAUUGGUGUCAUACACCAGCCCUUCACUGGGUUUACUGCCUGGGCACUUGUGAAUCAGGGAUCCAAUAUGACUCCACGCUCGUCCUAUAGUGUUAGCCCUCCUAAAGUAAUUGUGUCCCGUUCCCACUCUGGCAAAGUUAAAAGCUUUAUUCAUGAUGCUUUUGGAAACAGCACCACAAUUAUAGAAGCAGGAGGAGCAGGGUAUAAAGUCCUGUCACUCUUGCAGAUGCCUUCAGGCGAUAAAGAGCCCGUAGACCAAGCAGAUGUUUACGUUCACAUCACCUUCAUUAAGAAAUGGGACAUAUGUGCUGGUUCAGCACUGCUGUCUGCACAUGGGGGCCACAUGACAACUCUCAAGGGAGAGGACAUUGACUACAGUGGGAAUCCUUUGAACAAAGGAGGACUAGUGGCCAGUGUAGGUAUUGAUCAUCAGGCCAUACUGGAGAGGCUGCCAAACUGGGACCCCGAUAAGCAGUGAAAGCCUGAUGCACUACUCAUUUGGUCAGGUUUUUAUGCUUCCAUCACUUGACAAGCCUGCUUUUCUAAAGAGGAGUUGCUGACAAACAUAACAGACCUCAUGAGAGGACAGCCUCUAUCAGGCACAGUUCAAUCAGGACAGAAGAGCCAACAUGGCUGCCAAUGGAACCGCAUUCUUACGUAAAUUCAUUGUAUAGUUUAGCUUGAUGAAAUGGUACGGCUUCCUAUUUAUGUGCAUAUAUGUCCAAGUGGAAUGGGUUAGAAAGCAUACACUUCUGUUAAUUCACUCUUGAAGGAUCAGGAGUGCUUCACAGUUGUCACACUUCCCAUGCUAUAGUGAUGGAGUUUGUCCUCCUUGGAUUUGCAUGAUUAUGAAUGUUACUCUUCUCCACAGUCUCCCCCUAAUUAACAAUGGGCAUAUUGGCAAAAUAUUAUAAAGAUCCCAUAUUUUGGCUAGAUAGAUUUCCAUAAGGUGAGAUGCUAAGAAGAACUUCAUAUACAAGUGUCCGUUUCAUCUAAAAAAAAAAAAAAAUGGUUCCGUGUUACGAGUGUCCAGAAAAGGCUCCUGUCUGCUUUGUCCAUAUUUUGGUGCCCCUUCCCUCUGACUGGUUGCCUCCAUUUAGAAGACCCACUUGUGAGAGCACACUUAUGUUGACAGCCAUGGAUGCUGUCGGCAGCACAAAGGGAAUGUAUAAAUCUUGGCUAGUGACAUGGAUAAGAAAUGCAUAAGACCUUAUUUCAGAUUUCUCCACAGAAAAAUAUCUGUAUCCUAAAAUGCGUGUACAAUUUUUAAUAUAUAUUUCACAUUUUUUAAUGCACCAUAGACCCAAUAGAACUCCCAAAUACUAGAAAAGGUUUGUCUGGUAAAAUAUGGGUGCUUUGAAUGUUUUAUCAUAUUGUGGAAACACUGAUAGCAAGUUACGACUUGUUUUUAAUUUGUAAUUUUGUCUUGCCAUUGUCUUAAACAUUGCAUCCAUGGUGUGAUGUUUUUAUUUGAAGCUUUCCACCCUUGAAUAACUCACUGUUCCGAUCCAAUGAACUUUGGCUACGACUGGCUCACCGCUCAACUGCUGUUUGGGAUUGAGCUGCUGUCACUGUUUUCUUCUAAAACUGCAGUUGAUAGAAUGACACACAUGGCACAGACUUGAAACACCACAAUGGAGGUGAACCGCUUUGAAAUUGUGUUCAUAAUAGAUGGCGCUCUUUCCUCAAGUAAACAUCCAGACUGGGUGAGUAUUGGAUAGUCUACCAGUAACUCCAAAAUUAUGGAUUGUCUUGAAAAUUCAUAUCUGUGCUUCGAACGGGACUUAUGUAUUGCAGUUGUCCUCUUAAAAGUGCUGUUUGUCCGCAUUUUAUUCUUAAGAAUAUUGUGAUAUUUUAUUUUUUUUUUUUUAAAUCUACAAAAAAAAGUUCUAAAAGUACUUUGUUCUUUCUGGGGAAUUCAUGAUGAAACAUGCUAAAAAUAAAUCUGCCACAAUGGUUUGCAUCUGACAAUACA